CGUGAGAUAGGAUCUUAAGGUCAUUGUCAGAGAAUUUCUCAGUCAAUCAUGGCGUACCUCGGCGUUGUAACAGUCAUCGCCUGUCUACUGUGUCAUGCCACGUCACUCCACAUCCAAGACUGUAUGAAGAAUGGUAGAAGUGACGUCAACAACAUCGUCCAUGUAAACAGUGCCACAGUGACGCCUUUCCCCGUGGUCGUCCCCGGGAAUGUAGACGUUGCUGGGAACUUGGAUGUCCUCAAAAACAUCACUGGUCCCCUACAAAUGCACCUUUCCGUCCAAAGAAAAUUCCUUGGACUAUGGGUAACAGUUCCAUGUGUCUCCAACGUUGGCAGCUGUACCUAUGACGAUGUGUGUUCGAUGUUGAGCUCAUCUUUCUCAUUGAACGGCGCACCAAACUGUCCGGCUCAAUUGUCCAAUGAGGGCUUACCCUGCAACUGUCCAUUCGCAGAGGGCCGUUACACAAUGAAUCAAGAGCAUUUCAAGAUACCAGAAAUGUCGGGUGUGUGGAGCUGGUUAGCGUCGGGAGAUUACAAGGUCAAGGCUAUUCUGACAGAUAAGGCCCGGAGCACGGAUGUGGCCUGUCAAUCCGCGGAACUGUCGGUCGGCGCUCCGUGCAACUUCUUUAGUUGCCUCUUCGGAUAAACUUUCCUUCCAUGUUAAUGCCUGAAUCUGUAAUAAAAAAGUGUAUAUAAUUCUCUGCAAAUAGUGAAGAAUAUUCCUCUA